AUGCGGGUGCAUCGCAGACUGGAGGAACCGGAUUUAGGCCAAGAUACUCAAGCAAAGGAGAGUUUCUUCAACCUGCUGGUUGAAUACAAUAGCGACAAGUUGCGCCGCGAGUUCCCCAAUCAUUUCAAACAAUUGAGUGUCCGCUUCAACGAGACCGGCUACACGAAUUUGCGAAUCACUCAGGUGCACUCUAGUGUCUUCUUUGCACCUCAAUGUUACUGUGAUCCAGCCCGCUACUUCUUUAACGAUGACCUUGCCCAAAGGACACUAGAUGCACACAAUUACAUGAAUCCGCACAGGCAGAAAGGACUAAAAAAGCGACGCAGACAGCUUUGGAAACGUGAUCAAGGAGGAGGAGUGACUCCCAAACGUGUCAGAGACACUCAAUUUGCUUAUGAAUACAUGGAUCCGGGAUGUGACCACUUUGAAGCAAUUUAUGAAAGCGGCACUCGAGCCUAUGUGAUGGUGCGAUGGACUUAUAUUGGAAUGCGAUCGGGAGUUUUUCGCUCGUAUCCUGGUCAUCGCUCUGAGAGCAUGUAUGACCCGACGAAAAGACCUUGGUAUUGGCGAACCAUAGCUAGUCCUGACAAGAUUACGAUCUCUACGCCCUACAUGGAUUCGGCUGGUUCCGGAAAGGUAGUCACAAUUUCACAGGCUGUCUUCGAAGGCAUGCCGAAUAUUUCCAGAAGCAGGUGCGAAGAAUUCAAGCACCAGACUGGCUACGAGAGUAAGUCAGUAGCGAAAGCUCACCUUGUUCGUAAAGUACAAACUGAGGUUACAUCCAUUGAAUAG